AUGAGACAUCUGGAUCUAAGUGGUAAUCAUUUUGACAAGGAUGCCUUCAAGAUUUUGGGUGCUCUCCCAUCCCUUAAGUUUCUAUCCUUAAAGUCCAAUAGAAUGGAAGGACCACUUUCUAACCAAGGUUUGACAUCCUUCCGCCAUCUGGAGAUCUUAGAUUUGAGUGUGAAUAAUUUCUAUGCAAGUAUUUCUCCAUCCAUCGGAGCGUUAUCUUCUCUGAAAGCUCUAUUUUUGGCUCAAAAUAACCUUAAUGGUUCUUUAUCAAUUCAAGGAAACAUUUCUCCAUCUCUGUUUGGAAGCCUUAACUCCCUAGAGUACAUUGGUCUUAGUCAUAAUGGUUUCGAGGGUUUAUUCUCAUUUGGCUCAUUUGCAAACCAUUCAAACUUUGAGGUGGUUGAAUUGACAAGUGACAAUAACAAAUUUGAGGUAGAUACUGAAUUGACAGAUUGGAUUCCCUUGUUUCAGUUGAAAAUCCUUGUUCUAUCAAACUGUGAUCUGAGCAAGCUCUUUGGUGAUGUUCUGAAAUUUCUCCUCUACCAAAACAAGCUAAUGGUCGUUGAUCUCUCCCACAAUAACUUGACAAGUUCUUUCCCAAACUGGCUACUAGUGAACAACGCGAGACUACAAUUUUUGGUCCUGCGGAAUAACUCUUUUGUUAAUCUUUUUUUCUGUCGCAAUACUGCUAUAUCAAUAUUGUCCAAAUUGACAUCUCUGACAAUCACUUAA